AUGACAAAUGGUGAUGGAUACACCCAUAAUAUGCAAACAAAUAGAAAUGACAAGGGAAAGAAGCCAAUGGACCCCUCAGGUUCUUGCGGAAUUUCAAUCGAUAAAUCAAACUUUUACAACACAGAGGAGUUUCGAUCCAGGCAUAGAGCUGGAAUUCGAUUCAAAGAUCUUGAAUUAUAUACACCAAAUAACCCGACAUCACCAACUACACCCACAAAUUUAAUUCUAUCUGAUAUUACAAAUGUAAGUAGAACUGAAAGAAACAAUGGAAGAGUUGUGAAGGAUGUCGCAACAACAGAUUUGGAAUACACUGUCAGCAAAAAGAGAGUUGCCCAGUAUAAAGGAAAAACUCGAACUCGAAAUGUUAAAAGUAUGUCAAGUACAGAUACAAAUGACAAAAAAAGCUAUAAGAGAAAUCGUGAGGUGACAUAUAACAAUGUUGCAGCAAAUUGUGAAGAUGCUAAUUCGUACGAGAUAGAUGGGUUACAUAGCAUUGGCAGUGUGCAAAAUAUUUAUGCUAAUACAUUCUACGAAACCAACAAAAGUUCUUCGAUUCGUACCGGAAAGAUGAUAUCGAAGAGUCAAAAAACCAUACAUUCUGUUGCACGUGACUUGGAUAUGGAUUCAAAACCUGUCACUUUGGUCGAUGAAGACUUACAGACUAUACGGGAAAUUACAUCGGACAGUGGAGAAUCAGAAUAUGUAUCAAAUGACGAAACAUUCACUGAUUCUAACGACGAUGAUGAAUACGAUGAUCUUGGUGAUCAGUCAUACGAAUGCCAAUCAUGUGGCGCAAUGAUGUGGUACGGGGAAAGGAUCAUUAAGCAAAAGGGUACAUCAAAUCCUAAGUUUUCAAUGUGUUGUAAUGGAGGAAAAGUCGAAUUGCCAAAUUUAAUAGAAGCACCAGAUCCCCUAAAGAUUCUCCUAUUUGGUACCGAUCGAAGAAGCAAGCAUUUUCAAGAACACAUACGGUCGUAUAAUAUGAUGUUCUCAUUCACAUCUAUUGGAGGAAAGAUACAGACUACGAUAAACAGAGGAUCCGGUCCGUACACGUUCCUACUCCAUGGGCAAAACUACCAUUUAAUGGGUAGUUUGUCGCCAGAUGAAGGAUCGCGUCCCAAGUUUGCUCAGCUUUAUAUAUUUGACACGGAGAAUGAAGUCAAGAAUCGAAUGGAUGCAGUCAGAUCCGGAGACAGUUCCAGCGAAUUGGAUCCUGAGAUUGUUUCUACAUUGAAGGAUAUGGUUGACAGCUCAAAUAUGCUUGCUCAGUCUUACAGAGCUGCCCGGGACAGGCUCUCGCAGACUGGAAUGGAAUAUGUCAAAUUGAGACUCAUAAAGAAACGGAAUACGGAUGGCCGUACUUACAAUCUCCCGAACUCCAGUGAAAUCGCGGGACUCAUUUAUCCGCUAAUAUUUCCUCACGGCGAGGAUGGUUAUAGGGAUGAUAUACCACUGAUGGAAACAUCAGUGAGUGGUACACGUAUACGCAAGAAGUUAACAAUGCGGCAGUACUUUGCGUAUAGGAUCCAAAAAAGAUUUGGCGACAGCGCGGUUCUGUUGCACUCAAAAAAAUUGUGCCAGCAAUUCAUGGUCGACGCAUUUUCAAUGGUUGAAUCGGAAAGACUGAAAUUUAUAAGAUUUAACCAGGAUAAGUUAAGAGUUGACAUGUACAAGGGUAUCGAGGAAAGUAUUUUGAAGGGAGAUACGGAUGCUAGAUCCAUUGGGCACGAGGGUUAUUCUACCAGGCAGUUUUACCCAAGGUCCAAGAUACAUUGGCCGGAAAUUCAAAGGGCCAUGCGCGGUACUAAUUUGAGACCUGAAGACCGUCCCGAUAUUCUUGCUCGAGUUUUUAAGAUGAAGCUCGACAGUCUGAUGUCAGAUUUGAAGAAGGGCAAAAUAUUUGGUCGCAUUAGAGCAUAUGUUUUCACAAUUGAGUUUCAGAAGCGCGGUCACCCGCAUGCGCACAUAUUGAUUUUGCUUCACAAUGAAGACAAACCGAAGACAUCAAAAGACAUAGAUAAAAUCAUAUGA